AAUAGCCGACGUUCAGUGAACCAUCCUCACUGGUGACUACGAAUAAGACUACUGGAAGCAGAAGAGAUUAUAAUCAGAAUGAAGCUGUACAUCCUGGGAUUGCUGUUAGCCGUUGUGGUGGCGACGGAGUGUGGCCACACAUUUAUGGGCACGAACGUUAUGCGACGGCAGGCGCACCACGCCAAAGCGAAGUUUGCCGCCAAUACAUUUUCCAAGCGGAUCGAGUAUGUCAGCUACACGAUACCUAACAGCCACAAUCAGAGUAUCCAGGGUAUCCUAGCCUACGAUUUGACCAAUAGUGGGGCCUCGGCCAACGUGACCAGCGGCGGCCUGGGCUUCAACCACGUCACCCUGCGCUUGAAAAGCGACCGUGGCAAAAGACUGCAGUACGACAUCUACAUUUACGUUUGAAAUUGUUAAUUGAACAUGAAUUAUAGUUGAUUUAUCCUUA